AUGGGCAACGUUCACCCUGUGGCUGCGCCCAUUGCUCACCCUGUGGCUCCGCCAAUGCCCCCGCUGCCACAAAACUCCCAGAGAAUUCUUGCCACAAAACCAGAGCUUGCGGAGGCCUUGAUGGCCAGAAUUUCGGAAGUUUAUGUACGAGAGUGCCCUAGGAUCGAUCCAGCAUGCAUGCACUGCCUUUCUCAAAGAGCAGAGUACCUGCUGGUGUGCAACUAUCUCGCCCUCUGCGAGGGAUGCAAGAUUGACCAGAUUGGUGCGAAUGCGAUGAAAUGCCCAGUUUGUCACCAUCUCUCUGGACUCCAUGAAAUCCUGAAGGUGUUUUUGGUCAACACUCAAACCGAUGACAAUCUCCAGGCUACCCUUGGACAAAAACCACAAAUCAAUCUGAGCCGAGUUGACAACGAGACGCGGACAGUCUUACAGGGUGGGAAGCGCUGGCUCCUCCAGCGUCUCCGUCAUUUGACGAUUUCCCAACUGCAGGACGUUCUCCGGGCCAACGGCAGAGAGUUCAAGUCCUACUGGCGUCUUCCAAGGUAUGCUGAUGAGGUGUAUGACCUUGUGGAGACAGUGGACUUGAGGCCAGCAGCAAACACGAAACUGCCGUGUUUUGUAUGCCAAGUAAAUCCAAUGAGCCACAUUCUGAUGGCUUGCAAGCACGUUGGCAUGUGCUUUGAUUGCAAGAAUGCUUUACUGCUGCAUGUUGGCCCUCCACCUCCUGCUGGAUCUCGAGACGUCCGAGUGGUUUCCUGUCCUGUUUGCCGAGUGGACAAUUUUGGCCAUCAGAUUACACGGAUUGAACUUCAAGAUCCGUACUAG